AAUUCAGUGCUGCGGUGCUCAUGGUGGCCUGAAAAUUUGCAGAAGCUUUGCUCGGAGCGAUAACCUCAACGAUGAAUUAGUUUCACAGUUCGGGAAACCGUAAAUGCGAUUUCAAGACUCGCGGUUUGCUGCUACCAGCGACUUUAGAAUAAAGAAAUAACUGCUGCCUCGGAAGACGGAGGCGUACAUUUCCUGGUUGAGUUAGAGACAGAUCGCCAUUGUUGGAUUCGAUCCAAGGAACGGAGAUCUCGCCGAAAUCUUAAAUCGGAGUCUCGAGGCUCUGAUUGGUGUUUUCCUGCUCAACAAUCAAACGAUUGUUGGUGGUAAGCAAAAUCGAAGGGGAUUGAAGCUAAUAAGUGAGCAAAGUUGAAUAUCGGUAAAUGUCCUACCAAGAGGAAGCUAUGGACUACGCACCUGGUGACUAUGAGCUGGAGGGAGUGGAUGAGGAUAUGUAUUUUGCAGGUAGAAUGGGAGACUCGGAUUCUGAAGAGUACGAGGAUGAAUAUGAUUAUUUGGACAAUAAAAUUACGGAUACUUAUGCUGCUGAGGCACGGAAAGGGAAGGAUAUCCAAGGAAUUCCAUGGGACAGGUUGAGCAUAUCUAGGGAAAAGUAUAGGCAAACUAGAUUAGAACAAUAUAAGAAUUAUGAGAAUAUUCCUCAAUCUGGAGAGAGCUCUGAGAAGGAAUGCAAGAUAACAAGGAAAGGUGGAAUGUAUUAUGACUUUUGGCAAAACACCAGAUCAGUAAAGUCCACCAUUCUUCAUUUUCAGUUAAGGAAUCUGGUUUGGUCAACAUCAAAGCAUGAUGUUUACCUCAUGUCUCAUUAUUCAAUCAUCCAUUGGUCAUCAUUGAGUUGCAAGAAAACUGAGGUUCUUAAUGUCUCGGGCCAUGUUGCUCCAACUGAGAAACACCCUGGAAAUUUACUAGAAGGAUUUACUCAGACGCAAGUAAGCACUCUGGUAGUCCGUGAUAAUUUGUUAAUUGCUGGGGGAUUCCAGGGUGAACUAAUUUGCAAGGAUCUAGAUCGACCUGGUGUUAGCUUUUGUACAAGGACAACAUAUGAUGAUAAUGCUAUUACAAAUGCAAUUGAGAUCUAUGAUAGUCCAAGUGGUUCUAUUCAUUUCACAGCAUCAAAUAAUGAUUGUGGUGUCCGGGAUUUUGACUUGGAGAAAUUUCAGCUUGUUAGGCACUUCUCUUACCCCUGGCCUGUAAAUCAUACCUCCCUGAGUCCUGAUGGUAAAAUCCUUGCUAUUGUUGGCGACAAUCCUGAUGGAAUGUUGGUGGAUUCACUGACGGGAAAGACUAUUGCUCCCCUACAUGGUCAUAUGGAUUAUUCUUUCGCAUCUGCUUGGCAUCCAAAUGGCCACAUGUUUGCCACCGGUAACCAGGACAAAACUUGUCGGGUAUGGGAUUCUCGGAACCUGUCAAAAUCUGUUGCUGUACUGAAGGGCAACCUCGGCGCCAUUCGCUCCAUUCGCUUCACAUCCGAUGGGCAGUUCAUGGCAAUGGCUGAACCAGCCGAUUUUGUUCAUGUGUACGAUGUGAAGAACAGUUAUGAGAAGGAGCAAGAGAUAGACUUCUUUGGUGAGAUAUCUGGCAUAUCUUUCAGUCCCGACACAGACUCCCUCUUCAUAGGAGUGUGGGAUCGUACCUACGGCAGCCUCCUGCAAUACAAUCGGUGCAGAAACCACUCUUAUCUGGAUUCCAUCGCAUAAACCCCACUCCGUGAGAUCUUCUAUCUAUAUACGUACGUAUGUACCUACCUAGCGUUGGGGAGAAACACAGGUGACCAAAAUCUCUUAGCACAAGUGUGUUCCUAACAUGGUUUGCGCUUUUGUCUUUGAAUAAUGAUGCUGAACAGCGACGGAUGGAUAGUCUGAGACGAGGCAUCCAUUGAUUGUUCCAUACCGAGCAAUAGAGGCCAAGACAAGACAAGGACAUCCCAUUGGUUGUCUCGAUGCAACGAGGAAUCACCCUACUUACCUACCUACCUACCCCUUGUUCUGCAUCACCUCAACUUCUUAUUGUUCUAGUUUUUUUCUUCGAGAAUGUUGUCGAUGCUUUGGCUGUGCUUUUGUGCAUAUGAAGAACUAACUGUGCUUUGUAUCAUUACUGCUAUUAUCAUUAUUAUUACUGUUUUCCGAUC